AGACAAAGCCUUCUUCUAUUCUCUCGUCUCUAUUAAUUAGAUCGAUCACAGAACAGAGAAAAAACAAAAUUCGAACUUCCGUUUUUGUAAAAAAGGGUUUUUGGGUAAUUGAAUCUUCUUCAUUGAGAAAAAAAAAAAAAUGAGUAGAGGAAGCGGCGCUGGCUACGAUCGUCACAUCACAAUCUUCUCUCCAGAAGGUCGUCUCUUCCAAGUCGAGUAUGCAUUCAAAGCCGUGAAAGCAGCUGGAAUCACAUCGAUCGGUGUUCGUGGAAAAGAUUCAGUUUGCGUUGUUACCCAGAAGAAAGUUCCAGACAAGCUUUUAGAUCAGUCAAGUGUAUCUCACCUUUUCCCUGUAACCAAGUACCUUGGAUUGUUAGCUACUGGCAUUACAGCUGAUUCAAGGUCAUUGGUGACACAAGCAAGAAAUGAGGCGGCUGAGUUUAGGUUUCAAUAUGGAUACGAGAUGCCUGCCGACAUUCUUGCUAAAUGGAUUGCCGACAAGUCACAGGUCUACACUCAACAUGCGUACAUGAGACCUCUUGGAGUAGUUGCCAUGGUUCUUGGUAUUGAUGAAGAGAGAGGACCCCUGCUUUACAAGUGUGACCCAGCUGGACAUUUUUACGGUCACAAGGCAACUAGUGCUGGUGUGAAAGAGCAAGAAGCUAUCAAUUUCUUGGAGAAGAAAAUGAAAGAAAACCCUGCCUUCACAUAUGAUGAAACAGUGCAGACUGCCAUAUCCGCUCUGCAAUCUGUUCUUCAAGAAGACUUCAAGGCAACUGAGAUUGAGGUGGGAGUUGUGAGAGCUGAUAACCCUAUCUUCCGCUCCCUGGAAACGGAGGAGAUUGAGGAGCAUUUGACGGCCAUUAGUGAACGCGACUGAUCACUUUUCGAUGUAAACAUUGAAUCAGUCUUACUAUGCAUCUCUUUCUUUUGCUUCAAAUCUUCAAGAUUCACGACUAUACACGGAACAACACGCACAUUACAUAGACUGAGAAUCUUUCAAAAAGAACAAGAAAAAGGAAAGAGUAAUUUGGAGAACUCUGAAAGUGAUGUACCGAUCAACAACUUGUAGAUUCGCCGUAGAUAUGAAUAUGAUCAAGAACUGCGAUUACAAAAACUGGAUGAGAGGCUGAUCAUUUCAUUACCAUUGGUCAAUUCCUCACUUCUUUGUAAUUGGUGAUUUUAAUCUCAAUUAUAAGAAUUAUUAGAUA